AUGGACAAGCUCGGGUCUCCUCUAGAACUCACCGGAGAAAAUUAUGCCUACUGGAAAGCCCGCACCCAAAUGCAUCUUAGGGCUCAAGGUGUUUGGAAGACAGUGUUGUCCGGAUGGGAUCAUCCUACCAAAGCUGGUGAAAAAGAAGGAGAUCCACCAGUGAUAAAACCUGAAGUUGAAUGGACUAUGGCAGAAACAACUACCGCAAGCUAUAAUGCAAAAGCUCUUGAUAUAUUUUUUUCUUUAAUUCACGAAAGCCAAUUUAAUUUGAUUACAGGUUGUGCCACCGCCAAAGAAGCUUGGGAAAUCUUAGAAACAACGUACGAAGGCACUACCUCUGUCAAACAAUCCAAACUUCAGCUGGUUCAAAGUGACUUCGAAGACUUGCGAAUGAAUGAAGAUGAAAAUAUUGUAAGCUUCAAUGAAAGAGUUCAAGAGAUAGCCAGUCGUGCAGUCACUCUAGGCGAACCAUUUUCAGAACAGAAGUUAAUCAAAAAGGUGUUACGUUCGCUUCCGCCUCGGUUCAGAAUGAAGGUAACUGCCAUACAGGAACACUCCGGGUGGGAAAAACAAACCUUGGCUGAGCUAAUGGGUAAUAUCAGAACCUAUGAAAUGGAAAUACUGACUGACCAUUCUAGAAAACAAAAGAAUGUUGCUUUUACAGUUGACGAACAGGUACCUGAAACAGAUCUAGACGAUAUUGAGGAUGAUGAUCCAGUAGUUUUAUUAACCAAACAUUUCAAUAAGAUCUUGAAACAGGUCAAACAGAAGAAAAGCUUCCGCGGCAACAACUCUCAAAACUUCGAAGGAUCAAAUACAUCAAAACCCAAUUCCACGUCCAAUGGAUCAAAUUACAAACCAUCUGCAACACGUACAACCCAAUCUAGAGAAAAAAACAGGUGGCAAGGGCAUUCGGUGCUACGAGUGUGA